AUGAGACUUCUAACCCUUCUGCUGUGCAUUGUCAGCACGGUGGUUUGUUUCGUGCCACCACAGACCUGGGAAAACGUUGUUGUUUCCCGUGCCGUUGAUCUCUCAAAAUCCUACGUGCUGGAAGAGUACGCUUUACAAGUUAGAAACAUCGAUUCCAAGCCAAAUGGCGUGUAUUACUUCGCAGUUCCAAACUUCAUGUAUGAGAAGAUCAGUACCGUGUCCGUUAUCCAGGGAAAAGAUGCCUUCAAGCCCCUGGAGUACGAAUUUGUUGAGCAGAGCUCCGACUCAGCGAAUGGACCUGUUGUGAACUACAUCAAGAUUCAGACACCUCCGGUAGCUCCAAAGAGCACUCUGUUGGUGACCGUUGUCCUCACGGUGACAAACGUGCUGGAGCCACUUCCUGCCAAGAUUGGUAUCACUGAACAACAAUCCCUGUUGUUUUCCUCCUUUAAGAAGAGUCUCAGCGCCUACCAUACGAAGAAGAGCUUGUUGAAGUUGAAGGGAAUCACGGAGGCCAAAGAAUUGAACGAAGCGGAUGGUAUCAAGGGAGAGGCAACUUCAAAGGCGCUGGUGUAUGAAAUGGAAGAUAUUUCGCCAUUUGAAUCUUCUCCGCUGAGCCUUCUGUACAGACAUUUGAAGCCUUUGAUGAAAGUUAACAAGUUGAAACGUGGUAUCUGGGUCUCUCACUGGGGUGAUUCUUUACAAUUUGUUGAAGAAUAUCAAACCACAAAUGAAGCAGCUGGUCUUGAGAGUGGGUUUUCAAGAGCAGACUAUAUGAUGAACAAAGAGAUUGUCACAUCUUCACAUGCUGCAUUGGCGUUGGAAUUGGAGAUGGAAGAUGGUGCAUUCGACGUUUACUAUACCGAUUUGGUUGGUAAUGUGAGUACCUCAUUGGCACUAUCUGAUAAGAUCUUCAUCAGACCAAGAUUCCCAAUCUACGGUGGCUGGCACUACAACUUCACCGUUGGCUGGACAAACAAGUUGGGCAAUUACUUGAAGAAAGUUGGUGAUGACGAGUAUACGGUUAAGGUUCCAUUGCUCAACGGUAUCCCGGGCACUUCUCUCGAUGACGUUGAAGUUAGUGUGUACCUUCCGGAAGGCUCCCAAGUCGUGGGCGUUGAAAGUGACAUCCCACCAGAAUCUGAAGAAGUUGGGUACGAGUUGAGCUAUUUCGACUUGGGCAACGGCCAUACAAGGGUCACUCUUCACUAUUCCAACUUGAUCGACAGUGUUAAGCAGCUCUCCAUCUUGGUCAAGUACAAGUACGGAUUCAGGGAGUUUAUGACAAAGCCUUUAAACGUUGCCAAAUAUGUAUUCAUUGCGCUAUUGGCCUAUCUCGCUCUGUCGAAAGUUGACAUUACACUAAAGGCAAAGAAAUAG